CAGUCAGUCAGUCGGUCAGUCAGUCGUUUUCUACGCGCCGUUGCUGGUUGACGUGUUUCUUGAUAGGUCUGCUGUACAUUGUUCGGAUUUUCCGGAGUUUUCCUUCUUCGAAUUUUUGUUUUCCCUUUGAAAAAACAAGCCGAGACGAGUUUCCGUUUUCAGUCGGAUCGGAGGAAUUGUUGAGUGAAAAGUUGAAUCGUGCAAAUAUUUUGGAGAUUAAUUGGUUAGUGGGUGAAUUUUGCUGCGAUUUUUCACGGCGUGAAAAGUCUCAAAGGUUGACAGGUGAAAAAUAAAGUCCGUUUUCCUGAGCCGGGAGCUGAUUGAUUUAUGUCGUUUGGUGAAUUCCAUUCUUUUCAAGUGAAACCCAAGUUUAACAAAAACCAAGACCCUGUUCUCACGUGCGUUCAAGUUUUCGGACUUGUGGGUGCCAACAUUCGUUGAAAGAUUUAGGACCGCCCCUAUCGGUUUGACGCGAGGAUUUUUCCUCCCGAAGACAGAGAGUGGUUCGAGUGCAAAAAACGAAGAAGCAGAAGAACUGCGCGUUGAGGAGGUGUUUCGUGUUUUUAUUCCCGUUUGUGAGAUUACACGAUUACAAAAUUGUGCGUCGUCGGAAAAAGGUGAGAAAAAGAAAAAUUAACACCCGAGCAAAAGUAAAUCGUCUCGAGCGCGCUAAUCCAGUGAUCCUCAUAAAUUAUUUCCAUUCGAGAAAAAGGGAAAAACUUCCUUCCUCUUGACAGCGAAAGUCAAACAGUUUUCCUACUGUUGAAACAUCUUUAAUACAAGAAGCAGCCGGAAGACAAUUCGCCGACUCCUGCACUCACCUAGAAUUCUGCCAUCCCAGACGAAACACGAGUAACCGUUUGGGAUUUCCCUGAGCCGAGUGGCAAGUUGGCUGGACUUCUGGUUGGCUAAUUGAGAUUGAUAACGCAAUUAAUAUUAGUUGCAGAAAAGUUGUGCCAGAGCGCUAGCUUGAAGUUGACCGAGUUUUCUUACCGAGUUUAAUGAAAGUGGUUCCUCCUUCGGGUUAUCUAGUGAAUGAAAGUGGUUGUUUAAUUCGAAAGUGCUGAUGGAGUUUUUGUGCUUUUGAAAGAAAACAUUUAAAAGUGAUUGUGUUUGAAAUAGAAGUGAAUUGUGAGGUUAAUCUUUCCUAAAAAAAAAGGAAUAAUAUCACUUGUGAAUAAAUAGAUAUUGCUGAAGCUAUUGAAAUAUAACAUUGCUGAUUUGUGACACCAUAAGGAGAGCAAAAGAUAACGCCGCCGUCAAGAUGAAGAUGUCAAAGUUAUCGAAUCAAACCAAUUCGCAGGAUCCACAGGCAGUGAAUUCGCGGGUGUUUGUUGGGAAUCUGAACACAUUCCAGUGCUCUAAAACGGACGUGGAGCGGAUGUUCCAGCGAUAUGGGCGAUUAGUAGGAAUUUCGAUGCACAAAGGAUAUGCCUUUGUACAGUUCACAAAUCCAUUCGAUGCACGGAAUGCAUGUCACGGCGAAGAUGGCAGAACGGUGCUAAGUCAAACCUUGGAUGUCAACAUGGUCGCUGAACCAAAACCCCAUCAGACGGGUCGAAAGAGACAGAACAAAUCAAAAACCGGCAAUGAUUGGGACUACUACUAUGACAGUUACUACGCGUCGACACUUUUCGGUCCGAUUCAGCAACAGCCCACCUCCCAGCCGAGACCAUUGAAGCGACAGCGAUUGAUGGCACCAGGGCGUUUGGCUAUAACGGGCAAGUUGAAUGGAGCUGGCAUGAUGGCAGGUCCCCAAGUUCCUGGCUCGGCGCUUCAAAGUCAACAACAGCAGCAGCAACAACACCACCAACAGCAACACCAUCAGCAGCAGCUUCAAUUAGCGGCGGUUGCUGCGGCGGCUGCAGCUGCUGCAACAGGUUCUCCAACGGCGGCCGGAGGACUCGGAGGCUAUUACUGUAACGGAAGUCCCAACGGAGGAGUUCCGGUUACGAUGGGGGCCACCAAUAAUGGGGGUUACAUCAACAACAACAGCUACCUGACGACGGCCAACGGAUACGGAAUGCCACCGGUCGAAAGCGGAUUCAACGGAACCAUGUCCAGCUACACCAACGGGCAGCAUCUGGUUGGGCCGUUCAAAGUCUACAGUAACCCUGACACACUGAUUUGUGGCAACUGUCGUGAGAUGUUCACAGAUCUGACCGAGCUGUUGGAUCACAAAAAGUCCUACUGCAAGCUGCGAUUCACCUGCAAGUGCGCUUCCCCAUCAAUGAACAAAACUAAGUCUCUUCCACCCUCGGCAAAGUUGGUCUGUGUGGCUUGCAAGGAUUCCUUCUCCAACCCUUGGGAUUUGAUGGUUCAUGCACAGGCCGCCCAUAUGGUCAACAUCUACGAGCUGGGUGGAGAUUCAUCGGAUGAGGAUAAGCUGUCUUCCAGUUCGUCGUCCAAUUUGUCUACCGGCAGUAUCGUCAAUGCUAGCCACUCUUUGGCACUUCCAGCCGGGUCAGGAUCUCCUCAAAGGAUGACUCAGAAUGGAGCUGAUAAGUCCAAUGGAACGCGUCACGAGGAAAUGGAUCACGACGAUAAGGAUAAAUCGUGCGAGCAUAAUGAGGAUUCCGAUGCCGGUUCCAGUUGUGGUCGAAGCAGUGCCAGCAGCGGCAGCGCCAAUGGACUGUUGCAGGGUGCAUCGUCUACCGAGGACAUCCAUCUGGACAACGGUGGCAACUUGAACGGACACUCGAUUCUGGUCGGUGGAUCAGGAGGAAAAGGAACAUCGGAGGCACAACAGCCGACCCGUGCCUGCAUCAUGACCGCCCUCAGCAUAGAUACAAAAAACAACCCGGAAGCCUCCGUAGCGCUGAAGAUGGUGACUUCGACUCUUGGUAUUUCCCUGACCAACGGAGUUACGGCAACAGUUAAUCAGUAAAGCCACUCACAUAGAUGACCUCCAGCACGUUACCUUCUUCCAAAUUCUCGUAAAAAAAGAAACCCCAAAACAGUUCUUCUCCUCUAGGGAUUCGUUGAUUUGAAGAGUUACGUUAAAAUACUAUACCAAUCUAGCCGGAACUUCCCGGGACUGUGGUUAGCAAACAGUACUUGCCUCGAUAUUACAAAUAUCUACCCUUUACUAAUAUACCUUGAAUAACCACUAGCAUAUUUCUGAAGGAAGAAAGAAAAACAACAGUAAACCGAAGUUGCGACUCGUAAGUCAACAUUUGUUUCUGAAGUGACCGAGGAUGAGUAAAAUAAAACGUGUUAUUUCUGUUUCUUGUAUUCUAAGCAAGGGGCUGAAAGAGAAGGAAAUUUCCGAACUGACAUUUCAGUACCGCACUGACGUUUUGGUACCAAAAUGCCAUUGAAAUCAAAGGGGAACUGACGUUCUGGUUCCAAAAAGUCGGUACGGUCCGUUUGUAUGUGAUUUGACAGUUGCUUCAGUCCUUUGAUUCUAAGAGUAUUCUCACGCUAAAUUUGGUAAAAUAUGUCUAUAAUUAUAAUUAUUCAACCACACAAAGUCUUGCGAAGACAACAUUGUACAACAAAUGACACUUAACUUAUCUAGUAAACAACAACAACACAUCAGCCGUUCUUCUACAAUAAUGGUUCAAAGGUGAGUUACAAACCAGUAUGGAGAGGAAACUUAUUUUGGGCAAGGUUGCCAGUUCGGAAAGUUUUUCAAUAGUUAAUAAUAUCUUAAAACACUCACACACACUGAAAAAAAAAUCGUACGAACAAAUUCAGAGCUUAAUGAACGAUUUUGUUACAUCUGGGAAUUUUUGAUAAACACACAAAUAAAUUAAUGAAAAUUUUAUGAACGUUUUGUUUGUUUUGUUUUUGAAAAAAAAUGAAAAUCAAGGACCGCAGCUGUCGGGACCUUAACAACUAAAAAUAUCAUAGGACAAAUUUACUUAAAGUAAAGUAGUUAGGUUGUUACGAAUAUUAUCAGGAAUAGAAAUCAUUGUUGCUAUUAAAUUGGGACACAAGGAAACCAAUUGAUUUUGCUGCUAGAUAAUAUCUGUAGGGAAGUUCUAGAAUUAUCGAACAAAAAAAACAAGACGUACGAGUUCCCGUGUACAUAUCAACUUCAGGAUCAUGUUCUGCGUUGAAAUUGAAACGAACGUAUCCAUAUUGUACCCUAUGUAAUGGCAUAUAUACGAAGAAGAAAUCCCAAUAUAACACAAAAAAAAAUACAAAAGAGAACGACAUAUUUACUCCAACAAUAAGAGACAAAGGAAAAUUAUGUAAAAAACGUCUUCUAAAAGCAUUGUAAAUAAUUUGGGAAAGGCUAAGUUCCAACUUGGCUGAACAAUAUUCUGUAAAGCGAACAAAAGGGACAACAUAAUCAAAAAGAAGUAAAACUAAAUGUCUAUAAAUUGAAUAAAUAUACGAUAAACUAA